AGGCGGGCUAGCCGCGACUCCGAGCGGGAAGAGUGAGAGACAGCCAAGGCAAUGGAGUCUGGUGCAAAUGCCUCGACUAGGAUCGCUAAGGGCCCUCCUCCUUCCUCGGGCGUCAGCUGGCUCUGGAGACUCAGCAACUUGGUCAUGGCCGUCUUUUUCGGGCUAGCUGGGGUCGUUCAGGUCAAUGACCCUGAUCCAGGACUCUGGAUAGUUGCCUACUCUGUGCCUGCAGCUCUCACACUGGUUGUCAGCCUUAAUCCAGCAAUUGCAGAUAAUACUGUGUGGAAAAGUCUAUCAGAUUUACAUUCAGCUGCUUGUGUUGUGGGUUCAGCGGUCUUGGGAUAUUCUUUGGUUGCUAAUGCUCAAAAGAACAUCUUGCAUGAAGAAGAAGGCAGGGAGUUAUUUGGUCUGGUGAUUGUUACAGUUUGGAUGAGUCUUUGUCGUAGUUCAGCCAAAAACUCUUUGGGUGGGGUUCGCUUGGCUGUUGCAAUUUUUCUCUCCAUUUUCCCCUUUGUAAUGUGGCUGUACAUCUACGUGAAUGCAGAGAUGCGAGCAUCCUGGCCAACGCACUGCAAAACAGUUAUUUAAGAUGGUGAAAACGAACCAAUCAGUGCUCUAGGGCCCAUUGGCCAUGGGCCGAUUUCUUCAGUGAUGCCAAAUCAACAGGAACCACAGCUGUGACUAAGAUCAGUUAAUUCCUCAAAAAUUCUAGUUAGAAAUGAUCUAUUAUGUCAUUUGGGGAUAGCCAGAAUGGCAUUCUCUGGAUCCUGGCCUAGGUAUUUCAAGGGAAAGAAUACAACCACAUUAAAACUACAUGGAUCGGAGUUGAGAUAACUGCAUGUCCUUGAUAUGUGCAAGACACUGAGUUUGAAUAAAACAGAAGUGUUCCUGUGGGAGUAUCUGGAGCCUAGGAAUACCUUGAUCUUCCUAUUGAAGGUUCACGACACCCUUGAAGGGGCAGUGAUGAUUGUGUAGAUUUUUGUAAUGCAAA